GGUUUUCUCCACUAAUCUUAUAAUUAAUUGUUAAUUAAUAUCUCCGUGACGAUGACAAGUUGAAAAUGAUGAAUACUGAUUUAUCAUUCCCCGUUUCCCUUUCUUAUCUCUCUUCCAUUCCAAUCUCCACAACCAACCACUCCUUCUCUUCAAUCAGAUUUUCUACGAAUCCAAACAAACGCACGCUUCAAAUAUUCUUCAUCAGAUCUUCUAUGGCGGAAGAACACGGAUGCAAAGCACCGAAAGGCCACAUACUCUGCGCCAACAACUGCGGCUUCUUCGGUAGUCCAGCCACCAUGAAUCUUUGCUCCAAAUGCUACAGGGACGUCCAUCUGAACGACCAAGACCAAGCCAAGACCAAAUCCACCAUCCAAACCGCUCUCUCCACCGUCGCAGCCUCCGCCGCCGCUUCCAUGCCACCUGCCGUUGAAUCCGUUCCUCAACCGCCAGCGCUCACUUCGCCGGAGAUCGCGUCGCCGGCGGCUCAGGUAACGAACCGGUGCGGGACGUGCCGUAAACGCGUCGGUUUGACGGGGUUCAGGUGCAGAUGCGAAGCCACGUUUUGCGGGGCCCACAGGUACCCGGAGAAGCACGGUUGCGGGUUCGAUUUCAAGGCGGUGGGGAGAGAGGAGAUUGCACGGGCGAAUCCUGUGGUCAGAGCUGAUAAGCUGAGAAGGAUUUAAUCUGCGCCGUUGGAUGAAUCAAGUGGUUUCGAUAGGGACCGUUCAAUACGAAUCAAGCGGCGAUGCUUGAUGAGAUGUAUAAAAUAUUAAAAUCUGUAUUUCUAUUAUGAUGAGAUUAGGAAAGGUUGAAUAAGUAAUGUUUUACUUGGCUUUGCAUUGUAUGUAUGCAUUAUUAAGAAGAAUCAAGAAAAAAAAAUUAAGAAAAUUAAAAGGGAGUUUCCAUUGCUUUCGAAGAA